CAACCGAGACCGGCGGCAAUUGUGCUCACACACACAUUCUCCCGCCCCAUGAUCGUACCCGUCAGUCCAUUCUCUGCUGCUCCUAGUUUCAUGCUAGUCCUUGACAAAACUGAUUCCCCAGCUCAUUAGCGUAGAUGUUUGGAGGCAACACGGACAACGGCCUCGUGAUGCCGCCUGGUCGCAAGUGUAUCGAACAUUAAUCGCGGUCAUCUUUCGCGCAUUCUGGAGCAGGUGGCGGCAGCAUGAUGGACGCGGUGGCAGUGGGCAGGGUGAGCCAGGAACAGCUCGCCAUCUUAAAGCCCUCGGGCUCCGUCAAGAUUCUGGAGGACGGUUCCAUGGACGAUGAAGUCAGCAGCAGGGCAGAUGCGGCAGCAGCGGCGGGGGCAGCAGCGGGGAUGGGCGAGGAGAGCCUGUCUCGGGCGCGCACUGUGUUCCUCAACGCGGUGCUGACAGAGCCGGAGGUGGACGCCCUCAGGGAAGGAGAGCUGGUGUUAGCAGGGGGCGGUGUGGCGGCGGCAGCAGCAGCGGUGGAGCAGGCUGAGGAGGUGGAGGACGACGCCCCGGGGCGCAUAGGCGAGGAGAAGCUGUUCAGCAAUAUGAUGCACGACGAGUGGCUCGAGUACCUCUACGAAGAGAUCCUGCUGCUCCGGAUCGAGCGCCAGAACGAGCUGCUGGCUAACGAGCAGCAGACCGCCAUUUCCCGACGUGGAGGGGGCGAGGGGGGGGCAGGGGGCGUGGAGGGGGACGACACAGGGGGGAGGGGAGAGGGUGGGGGGAAUGGCGGCGGGAAAGGAAGGGUGGGAGGGCAUGGGGAGGGGGAGAAGCGCGAGCAAAGGUCGCCAAGCCCAAGAGGAGUGGGGGAUGGUGACAGGGAGGUGCGUGAGCCGCGGUGUCCAGUGCCCAUAACGCUGCCGGUGUUCGGCCCCUCGUCGCACCCGCCGUCGCCCAUGCGCUCAGCUGCAAUGACGCCCGUUUUCCACCGCCAAUCGCACCUCGCGCCCUCCUCCUUCAAGCACCUCGACGACUCCCCACACGCCGCCCCUCUCUCGUCGUCCGUGCUGCCUCCCAUCACCCCGCGCACGUCCCGCUUCACCUCUAAAGCCUCCGCCUUCUCCCUCUCCACCGCUUCUCCCCGCCCCGCCGCCUUCCCUUCCACCCUCAGCGACGGCACCGCGCCCACCUCCUCUCCACCCGUCCCUCCCACUCUGCUGCCGCACUGGCGCGCCCAGCCAGCCUCUCACUCCUCCCAUGCCAUGGGCCCCCCCACCCCGUCCACCAUCACCAGCGCACUUGCCCCAUUUCCCCCAACGCACUCCUCCUCCUCCCCGCUGCAACCGCCCGCAGCAGCAGCAGCAGCAGCAGGAGGCGGUGGUGGUGCAGGCAUGGGGAGGGGAGCAGGGAGGGAUGGGGCGGUGGGGUUGCAGCGGCAGCGGCAGCGGAAGCAGCACAGGCGCGUGGCGACUAUAGGGUCGAGUGUGGACCUGGCAGAGCUGAGGGAGGAGGCGGCCCGCCUAGACCGCUCCAGCGGCGUGGAGGCCGCCAUGGUGGCCGCUGAGGCUGCUGUGUCAGGCGGCCGGCAGAUGAUACGCAUGUGGGAGCGCAUGAGACGGAUCAUGCCGUCCGCUCAGGGAAUGGACGUUGAGGACCCUACCCAGUCAGCCUCCCCCAGGUCGCACCCGCACCUGGACGAACAUGCAGCUGACUCUGGCACCCCACACCAGCACCAGCACCAUCACCACCACCAGCAUCAUCACCACCACCAGCAUCAUCACCACCACCAGCAGCAGCAGCACUCGCAAGCGCUGGGGGAGUAUGAGCUGCCAUCACCAGGGCCAGAGCUGCUGGCAGCGCUGGCGAAGGGGCAGGUGAAGGGCGAGCAGCGCGCCAAGACAUGGCUGGCCAUCGCUUGUGCUGACCCGGAGGAUGAGAUAAUGAGUCGUCGCAACUACCGCAAUCUUCUGAAGCAGCCAUCAGCCUCCGCCAAUGAGAUCCAGCGUGACGUGAACCGCACGUUUCCGCUGCACAGCAUGUUCCAGGAUGAGAGGGGCGCGGGGCAGAAGGCGCUCUUCAACGUCAUCAAAGCCUACUCCGUGUUGGACAAGGAGGUGGGGUACUGCCAGGGCAUGGGGUUCAUAGUGGCCACGCUGCUGCUGCUCAUGGGCGAGGAGGACGCCUUCUGCUGCCUCGUCUUCCUGCUCUACAAGUGCGGCCUCAGAGGGGUCUUCCUGCCCGACAUGCAGCAGCUACAACUGCGCAUGUACCAGCUGUCGCAGCUGCUCAUUGACUCGCACCCCGAGGUGCAUGCGUACUUCGAGGACCUCGAUGUCAAGCCCGUGAUGUAUGCUGCGGACUGGUUUCUGUCGCUCUUUGCGCGCACCAUGCCUCACUACAUCGUUUUCCGGGUCUUCGACAUCAUCUUCGCGGACAAGACGACAGCCAUAGUCUUCAAGCUCGGCAUGGUGCUGCUGCAGGUGUGUGAGCGGCAGCUGCAGCAGUGCCCGGAGAUGGAGUACGCCAUGCACUUCCUGCGCGUCGAGCUGCCCCUGCAACUCAAGGAAGUGUCGGAGGACUACCUAGAGGAGCUGGUCAGCAAGGCCCUGCGCGUCCCCCUGCCAUUCGCCAGCCUCCUGCGACUCGAAGCAGAGUACGAGCUGCUGGCGGGGGAGGCAGCGGCGGCAGCGCGCCAUGUGAGGGCGGCAGCAGCAGCCAGCGAGGCGGCGGCGCGGUCGCUGGAGUGCACGCGCAGGGAUCUGGAGGUCCGCCUGCACCACGCUCUCAGGGCGCGCAAGCAAUCCCAUGAUCUGGCAGCAGUGUUCAAGGCGGCUAUAGCGGCCCUGCAGCAGUCACGGCAGGGAGAGGCAGGCAGCGAAGCGGAGCAGAAUGCGAGACACAGUGGGGUAACCAAAGGGGCUUGCAAUUCCAGUAAAUGCGAGGUGGAUGUUGUUGAGGAGGAGGCAAAGGCAGAUGCAACGGAUUUAGCAGCAGCUGCUGCUUCUGGUGCUCCCGCCGCUGCUGCCACAGCAGGGACAAUGAUAGCCAUGAACCAGACAGGUGUGCAUGGCAACACGAGAGGUGGUGGUGCUGGCAGCAGCAGCAGCAGCAGCAGCAGCAGCAGGGAGGGCGCGCUGGACCUGGCAGUGCGGUACUUUGAGUGGAAGGAGUGGAGCGACGUGGCGGGCAAUGCGUGCACAGUGGCAGCGCUGCAGCAGGUGGUGGAGACGAGGCAUGCGUGCCAUGAGGCGCUGACAGCGCUGGCAGCAGCGGAGAUGGUGCUGGCAGAGAGGGCGGAGAAGCUGGGGCAGGAGGGGGAGCAGGGUGGCAUGCAGGAGAUGGUGGUGGUGCUGGAGGAGGGCGAGGAGGCGGGGGAUGACCUCCUCUAAGGCAUGCAAUGCUGCUGGCAUGCGCGGGUAUGCAGCACGCGUGCACACCGCACAGCCGCAGGCAGUUGUUCCCAUCAGUCAGUGACUCACAAGACUUGGAGCUGACUGGUCUCCCUGCAUGAGAUUGCCGCACAGUGCACAGGGGUGCCGGUGGGUUAUCUCACGAACGAACUAAGGCCUUGGAAACUGAGUGGAAUGACGAAGGUAUUGCAAGGUAUUUCCUAGUGAAGUUUUGUUUGAGGGAGUCACUCUAGAGAAGCAGUCUUAUAGUUAUGUAGUAGUGGUUGUACUAGGUCUGCAUGCUUACGCACCUCGUGUCAGCCUUGCUCUAGCGGCGUGCGCGACAAUGACAGCCAGUGACUGCAGAUUUGGUUGCUGUGGAGAAGGAUCGCGAAUGGCCAGUCACAGAAUCUGACGUCGUUGCGCGUACCGUAGCUGCCAUAUGCGCUAGAAGAUGACAUACAGCAGUAAUGCACUGUGCAACGGAAUAUGUAUGAAUCUGCUACUAUGGAUGAGAUGACAUUG